CAUAAAAUAAGAAUAUGUUAUAUAUAUAAAGACAUAUAAAAACAUAUAAGACAGCAUAAAAAAAAUUAGAAGGAGAGAAGGUAUUACAAUAAGAGAGUAGGGCAUGAAGGUAUUAUUAUUAUCAUUGUUAAAAGAAAUAACAAUAAUAACACUGUUUCUAAAAAUAAGAUUUUACCCAUUAACCUAACUAUAAGCUUGUGAAAAACAGACAGACCUGAGUUCAUGUGGUAGAGAAUUCCAAAGAGUAGGACCAUAAUGACUGAAGGCACCAUGAGCUGAUUUAGUAUUUAUUCUAGGUAUGGUGAGGAGACCUUUAUUUGAUGAUCUCAAGGGUCUAUCUGGUGUGUAUUCAGAGAGCAUGUCUACAACGUAGGAGGGAGCUAGGCCGUUCAUUGCUUUAAAAACAAUAAGAAGUAUUUUAAAAUCAAUUAUUUGAUUUACUGGGAGCCAGGGAAGAGAAAUUAAAACAGGAGUGAUGUGUCCACACCUUCUGGUUUUGGUUAAUACUCUGGCUGCAGCAUUCUGAAUAAGCUGAGUUUAUUAAGCGUUUGCUUUGCCAGUCCAGCAAAGAGUCCAUUACAAUAGUCUAGUCGACUGGAAAUGAAUGCGUGAAACAACUUUUCAGAAUCAGGCUGUGACAGGAAAGAUCUAACUUUGGAUGUAUUUCUAAGAUGAUAAAAAGCAGUCUUAGAGAUACUGGAAAUGUGCUUCUGAAAGUUAAUAUCAGCAUCCAAGAUCAGAGUAAGUUAAAUUAGUUAUGUUAAAGGUUCCCCUUAGGUAUUUUAUGAAUAUAAGUCUUUAAAAAUGGUCUUGCUUUAAAGAGCUUCAUGAUACCAGUAAACAUGAGUUAAACCACAGAUAGCUGGUAACCCUCUCACUUGGCUUCAUGAUGCAGGCUCCAGGAAGGAAGAGGUUUUGAAUGUGACUGACAGACUGUUAAACACUUGUUUUAUGUGAUCUAUAAUGUGUUAUAGCACAGUGGUGUCUGCAUGUGUGACAGCUGCUAUAGUUGCAUGAAAACUUUGUUUAUUCAGUCACAUUUAUAUCUCAAGGUGUAUGGUGUGUUUUCAAAGUGCCUCCCUGAUGAUGUUGCAUUAUGAAGAAGAAUCUAAACAUCUAAAGUGCCUAAAACUUUUCCAUCUGUCAAAUGUAGAGGUUAGACAGGGAUACAGGGAUACAGGGAUUAGUAAAGGACUUGCUUGUGUGGAGACAUGAUGUUGCACUGGCUUUAAGUUUGCAGAAAUAUUAAUUUUGUUUAAAAGUGUCACACAGAUUUUCUGAUGAUGAACUUCCUGUUUAUUAUAAUGUGGAAAGGAAACCAUGAUACGGAAGGAAGUGUGAAGAAGACGUGCAAAUAUAAAAUCAGACAUUCUUCCUGUUCUGUGUUGAUCUGUGGACAUGGAGAAACUGACAGGGUGUUUUCUGUCAGCAGUGCUGCUGCUGGUGGUGCUGAACUCUGUUUUAGCCGAAAAUACAUUUUUCGAGGAAGGCGGUAGUGUUACGCUACUGUUGAGGCCUCCUUUCUCUGGAGAGAUCACCAUCAUCGUGUGGAUGCACAACGACUUUAAUCAGGUAGCAAAAUGGAUGAAAGAUGUUCCUUCUGAGAACCACGGUACGUUUAAAGGUCGAACAACCCUGAACACAACCACUGGAAGUUUGAAGAUCAUAAACAUGAGUCGGGCUGACAGUGGGGAGUAUUCAGUGAUGAUCAACAACGAUUUCCAGGAUGAGCGCUAUAAUGCAACACUGAUCAAGGCAGUGCCACAGCCUGUUGCAUUGGUGAAACCACCGGCAUGUGCUGCUGCAUCAAAACAAUGCACCCUGACUUGUUAUGGAAACACAGGGGAGGCUGAACCUGUCACCUACAGCUGGAAGAUGGGAGGAGAGUGGAUGGUUGGGGAGAAGGACAGGAACAUCACCAACGAUGAGACAAUACAAAGAGUUAAAAUGUUCUCCUGCCGGAUGAAGAACCCAAUCAGUGAGAAAGAAAGUGACCCCAAACCCAACCCUUUCUUCAAAGAAAAGGUUUCAGCCAGUUCUGGAGUUGAGUUGCCUGUGGAUCUGUUUCUGCUUGUUGUUGGCAUCUUGGCCACUGUGGUAGGUGCAGGGUUUUGAAAACUAAAGGUGAACCUUUCUUCAGAGAAGAGCCUGCAGACUCUGGAUUAAAGUUUUAGGGGCUGUCAUGAGAUCUUUGGCUGUAUUGUAUAAAGCAUGUCAGUACUCCAGUCACAGAGAGGCAAUGUGUUGUGUUUAGCAGUUAAAUAUGAAAACAAGAUUUCUCUCUUUUUUAUUGCUUUUUAGAACAGCAUUGUAUAUCUGUAUGUAUAUUUUCUGCUACUUUAUACUUCUUCUUCAUCACAUUUCAGAUCAGUUUUCCAUAUUUCCAUCAUUAUUAUGUUAAUUUGUUCUUUCUUUAUUUGUGACACAAUUGAUCAAAGUGAGUCUGUAAAAGAAAAGUAUAAAAGGAUCAUAGAAAUGACUGUUUUCAUGAUGAAUCUAAUGGAAAUUUUGUUUUGAGUUUGGAUGUUUUUUGUUUUUUUGAAGCAUUUAUUUUUGUUUGUCAUAUA